AGUUCCCAGCAGCAGUGGCAAUGGCUAAUGGGUAGCAUCUCAAAGGCGACAGUGUGCUCUAAUGAUGUGUUACCAACAAGCCGAGCCCGUCCCGGCGCAAUCCUCCCUAUCUUUCACACAGGGAUUCUUGCUCGGGCAGUUAUCCGUGGUCUUACUGAUCGGCGCCUUCAUCAAAUUCUUCAUUUUCGGCGAAGCACCACCACCACCCUCGCGCGGGCUCUCGCACCGAACCUCCACCCACCGGCGGUCGAAUUCGAUCUACAACCUUGGCCCGAAUGAGACCAACUCGACCAACUCGCGAUCGCUCCGGGAGAAACCGUCGAAUUCGAACGUCCUCCGCCCGGUCCCUUCCUCGUCGACCAACACGCAGUCGAUCCUCCGCAAAACCUACUACAGUUCCAUCCCCCCGAACCUCACCUCCAAGCAUGGCCGGCACCGGAUCCACCACUCCUCCCACCAGCCCGAGUCCCUGGACUGGUUCAACGUGCUGAUCGCGCAGACGAUCGCGCAGUACCGACAGACGGCAUACCUGCUGAAGGACUCGCCGACCUCCUCGAUCCUGAGCUCGCUCAACGCCGCCCUGAACAACCCGGAGAAGAAGCCCUCGUUCAUCGACAAGAUCGCGGUGACGGACAUCUCCCUUGGGGAGGAGUUCCCGAUCUUCAGCAACUGCCGCAUCAUCGCGGUCGAUGACCCGAACUCCGACGGCGGCCGCCUGCAGGCGCUGAUGGACGUCGACCUGAGCGACGACAACCUCUCCAUCGCGGUCGAAACGUCGCUGUUGCUCAACUACCCCAAGCCCUGCUCCGCCAUCCUGCCGGUGGCACUUUCGGUCUCGGUGGUUCGCUUCUCGGGCACUCUGUGCAUCUCGCUGGUCCCCGCCUCCACGGAACCUCUCCAUACUCCCACCCCGUCCCCGUCGCCGCCCACGGCCGAUGGAACCAAGAACCCUUCCGGGGAAGGUGCUCCACCGCCUUCCGUCGCCGUUGAGGAGGAGGGAGCCGAUGCCUCGUCCCUUCCGAAGACGGGCACCCCGAAAAGCAACGUGGCCUUCUCCUUCCUCCCGGACUACCGUCUCGAUCUGUCGGUCCGGUCGCUGAUCGGCUCCCGGAGUCGUCUCCAGGAUGUCCCCAAGGUCGCUCAGCUGGUGGAGGCCCGGGUGCAUGCGUGGUUCGAGGAGCGCGUGGUCGAGCCCCGGGUGCAGGUGGUGGGGCUGCCGGAUCUGUGGCCGCGCAUGGGCCGAACGGGGGUCCGGACGGGCGAGGAGGCCGAGACGGCGUCGAACGGCGCGUCCCGCGGAGGGGGCGGCGGCGGCGGCGCCUGCGCCAUGUCGGAUCACUUGAGUGCGCAUGAGACGGAGGGACUGCGGUUCCGGGGUGGGCUGGCGUCGCGGCCGCAGUUCGACAGCGUGUCGCGGACUUCCAGCUACAACGUGGAGACGGGGGACCUGCGGCCGCCGAGUAUGGUGCGGGAGGAGAGUUCGGGGGGGUUGAGUGAUCUGCACAUGCCAGGGUCAUUGGGGGGGCAAUAGUUUGGUGUAUUUAGUAGUUGACGAUCGACUCGACCUCAGGAUAACGAUGCUGUCUAUCCUCUAGGGAACAAUCGCAUUUAGCGAGUGAUGACUUAAAAGAUAACAAUGAGAAGAAUAAGAAUCAACUUGGG